AUGCGCCUUCUCCAGACUAAUCUGGGACGGUCGAGACGGGCGCAAGACCUGCUCUCCCAGACCAUCCGGGAGAGCGGGGUCGCCUUGGCGGCGGUGGCUGAGCCGUACUGUAUUCCCGACGUUCCCGACUGGGUCAGAGACCUGAAUGGCUUGAUAGCUGUAGCAUGGACACCGGCGCUGGGUUCCCCUGGCGUCCUGCUCGAUCGUGGCAGCGGCUAUGUCGCCGUCAAGUGGGCUGGAAUGGUGUUGGUGGGCGUCUACGUUUCCCCUAACAGCGGCCUGGCCGCGUUUGAGGACUUUCUGGACGGGGUUGGAGAAUGCAUCAGGAGAUACCUUCCCGCCAGGUGCUCGUCUUGGGGGACUUCAACGCCCACUCUUCGCAAUGGGGCAACCCCAGAACGGACACACGUGGGAGGAUGUUGUCAGUCUGGGCCGCAGGACUAG